ACCUUCUCAGUCUGUGACUGGCCACAGAGCAUUUCAAGUUUCUUACUUAACUUCUGUGCUGAGAGAAAGACUAUAUCAUUUCAGCUGACAAGCAAAAUGACUUCUCUGUUACAUCCAAGUCAGUUGCUCCUGAUUGCACUGUUAAGCUGGAAUGUCCUCUGCUUUCCUCUUAAACCAGUCUGGAACCAGAAAAAUCAGAAUGUGGGGCAUUACAACAAUGUGCAGGCACCUCCUGGCCUUCACCUUAGCUCACCCCAAUAUGCUACUGCUCAGCCUUCCAGUGUGAACCACCCUGCAGUCUCCUACCUGCAUGAUCCCCAGCCAGUAAUGGAAAUGAGCCCUGGAACCUCCAAUACAGCAAGCUCUUCUCCAAGCAAUUACCAUAUGGUUUCAUCAGGUGCUGCUCCAGGUUGGGGUCAUUCUGGCCGUAUUGCGGCUCAGCCCCUGCCUUACUAUGGUCAUGCAGCCCCUCAGCCUUUCCGCCAGGGAGGUGAACUUGACAACUACGGGGGAAGAUUUGAGCAUGGUAGCUCAGAACGGGAAUCUGCAGCACUGAGCAGGCCUUCCACACCACUUUCAGAACCCCUCUACCAAGGUGGAGAGCUUGACAACUAUGGGGGAAGAUUUGAACACGGCGGUUCAGAGCGGGAAACCGAAGAGCUGAGCAGGCCUUCCACACCACUUUCAGGACCUGUGUACCAGGGUGGGGAGCUUGACAACUAUGCAGGAAGCUUUGAACAUGGAAGCUCAGAACGGGAAUCUGAGGCACUGAGCAGGCUUUCUACACCAGUAUCAGAAUCCCUUUACCAAGGUGGUGAGCUAGACAACUACGGGGGAGGAUUUGAGCACGGCAGUUCGGAACGGGAAACUGAGGAGCUGAGCAGUCUUGUCCCAACACAUUCUGGACCUGUGUACCAGGGUGGGGAGCUGGACAACUACGCAGGAAGCUUUGAGCAUGGCAGUUCAGAAAGAGAAACUGAGGAGCUGGGUGAGCUUCAGUUUCCUUCAUCAGAAUCUCUCUACCAAGGUGGUGAGCUCGACAACUACGCCGGCAGCUUCGAGCAUGGUAGCUCAGAACGGGAAACGGAGGAGCUGAGUGACCUUGUACAGCCCCGCUCGAAUUCUCUCUACCAGGGUGGGGAGCUGGACAACUAUGCAGGAAGCUUCGAGCAUGGUAGCUCAGAACGGGAAACGGAGGAGCUGAGUGAUCUUGUACAGCCACGAGCAAAUUCCCUCUACCAGGGUGGUGAGCUGGACGACUAUGCAGGGAGCUUCGAGCAUGGUAGCUCAGAACGGGAAACGGAGGAGGUGAGUGAUCUUGUACAGCCACGAGCAAAUUCCCUCUACCAGGGUGGUGAGCUGGACAACUAUGCAGGGAGCUUCGAGCAUGGUAGCUCAGAACGGGAAACGGAGGAGCUGAGUGAUCUUCUACCGCCGCUCUCAAAUUCCCUCUACCAGGGUGGCGAGCUGGACAACUACGCAGGGAGCUUCGAGCAUGGUAGCUCAGAACAGGAAACUGAAGAGCUGAGUGAUCUUUCCCCACCUGCUGCAGAAUCCCUCUACCAGGGCGGUGAGUUGAGUCACUACGAAGCUGUGAUGGAGCAUGGAAAUGAAGAGAGGGAAACUGAAGAACUAGGCCACAUGAACUAUCUCCCUUCUGCUCCAGUGCAACAAAUGGCUGUGCAGUCAACUACCUCCUCCACCUCUGAAGAAGCCUCUGAGCAUGAGUCUUCAUCAGAUCUGGGAGUGAUCAGUCUGAACCACUUCUUCCUCUUCCUGAAUGGCCAGCUUCCUCCUGGCACAUACACUCAAUCGAAGUCUAACUUCGAAGCAGGCAAAGACUACUUGGAUGAAGUCCAUUACCAGAGGUACCACUUGCCUGCUCCUCAGUUCCAAGUUGUGCAAGCUGAGCCGGCUAAAACUAAGGUGAUACCUGAUGAGCAGGUCUUGCAGAGGCCCCAGGAUUACAGCAAAAUUUAAGGAGGAUGGACUUUGUGAACCAACUUGAAUAUUUGGGAUCAGGCAAUUCCAGCCAUGCAGUUUUAUUUCCUUUCAAGUUGCUGCUUCUGAAAUUUGAAUAAAAUGUUAAAAUGA